AUGAUGAACAAUUCUCAAAAUUUAUUGGAGUUGGAGUAAACUGCCUAGUUUUUCAAUCCAGGCAGAAAAAUACUAAAAUAGCGAACAAUUAAAAAAUUGCAACCAAUUGUGGAUGAAUAAAUGGUGAAUGAAUUUUCCAUACCUACAUUCAGUAGGAAGCUAAGUUAAUAAGAAAUAUUCGACUUCGAUUAAAUAGUUUAGCAACAACUUCUCAAAUAUAAUAGUCAACCAAAUAUUCUGUAGAUAAACCAAAAUUUUAACAAUCUCCAUCUCUUAAAGUCUUCACAUAAAUCAAGUAAAAUUCAAACACCCUUAAAAUCCCUUCUCGGAGUUCAAUAAAGACUAUUAUUUCCAAAAAAUCAAUCUACCUAACUUCUAUUUAACGAAUAAAGUAAAUAAUCAACUCCUGAAAAAUGUAGAAGAAACAUAAAAGUACUGCUUAAUCCUUUUAAUUUUGAAAGAAAAUCGUCGGAAAUAUAAUAGAAUAAAAGCUCAUCUCAAAGUUUAAGACCCUCACUAUCAUAAGGAAGAACCUUCCUAUAAAGAAAAGCAUAAAUUGGAGUCUUAAAUAGAAUAUUCUCUUCUAGGUCAUAGGAUAAUAUUUGA